AUGGUCAAAACUAUUCCCUUUGGCGACAUCACUGUCCAAUCACCUGGCUUUGGAGCCAUGGGCAUGAGCUUUGGUCUAGGAUCCAACCUAUCUCUGGAAGAAGCCGAACCCGUCCUGCUCAAGGCCAUUGAGCUGGGUUGCACAUUCUGGGACACAGCUGUAGUCUAUCAAGCUGGCGUCAACGAAAAGCUUCUUGGAGACUUUAUCAGAAAACAUAACGUCCGAGACAAGGUGUUUAUCGCUUCAAAGUGUGGUUUCGAUGUCUUGGGCAAGGGCGGAGUGACCAAUUCUGCCUCCCAUAUCAAGGAGUAUAUCGACGGGACCAUCGAACGACUUGGCUUUGCCCCUGACCUGUACUAUCUGCAUCGAAUCGACCCCAAUACUCCCCUCGAAGAGUCCAUUCCCACGCUUGACGAGAUUCGAAAGCAGGGAAAGACAAAGUACAUUGGUUUAUCUGAAUGUUCCGCCAACACCUUGCGCAAGGCCAAUUCUAUUGCCAAGAUCGAUGCUGUCCAAGCCGAAUACUCGGCCUUUGAGACACUGCACGAGACCGAUGGUCUUAUUGAUACAGCGAAAGAGCUUGGCAUCGCCUACGUCGCCUACAGCCCACUUGGACACGGCUGGCUCGUCGACGACUUUCCCUACAAGAGUCCAGAUGAUUUCGCACCCGACGAUUUCCGACGAACAGUCCCCAAGUUUCAAGGCGAAAACUUCUACAAGAACAAGGCCAUAGUAGAGGAGAUCAAGAAACUUGCUGUGCACAAGGGAUGCACUUUGACGCAGAUCGCGCUUGCUUGGGUUGCGUCCCAGGGAAUGAUUGCAAUUCCUGGUACAACGAAGGCGCACCGUCUGGAGGAGAAUUGGGCAUCUAGGAAUGUUGACUUGACUGAGGAGGAAAAGGCUGAGAUGAGGAGGAUUAUUGAUUCGGCAAAACCCCAGGGAAAUAGCUUAGCGGUCAAGGAUCAAGAUGUGCUUGCAGGCCUUGAUCGUUUCAAGCCUCUUCCCGACCUCCGCACCCACGCAGGCGACUGGACUGGUGUAACUUCGAGGCGCGAGAGGAAACGAAGACAGAAUAGGCUCAAUCAGAGAGCAUGGCGCCGGAGAAAGGCUGCUCAGGAUACAUCAGAUGGACAGACUACUACAGCAGCAUCUACUCGCACUUCUUAUGAUGGUUUGGUGGUGUUGAGAGACACUUGCUCUUCAAUGUUCUCUGGAUCACCGGCUAUUGGCGAUGGUAUCCUACUCAUACCCGAUACAUGCAAGGCAGAGAGACUUCGAAACUUGAUACGGCAGUCUCUCGAAGACUAUUCACUAGAAUCACUACAAACCCCGCGCCCAUCCAACUUACACAUAAUCAUCCGCCUAAAUGUCCUGAACGCCAUAGCCGACAACGCCACUGCAAUCGGGUUUCCAAAAGAAAGUCUAUGUCGCAAUGAGUUCAUAUCGCCCUUCUACCAGAUCGGCCUAAUCCAGACACCCUCACCCAGCUGUCCCACGAGUCUUCAGCCAACGUCGCUGCAGCGCUCGACCGCACAUCAUCCCUGGAUAGACCUGUUCCCUUUUCCAAAUUUCCGCGACAAUGUUCUUCGUGGUAUGCAGAAAGGAUUGUUUGAUGAUGAUGAGCUGUGCGGUGAUCUGCUGGGUGUUGAAGGAGGAGGAGUGGGAGAGCAGCCGUCGCUGUUGGUAUGGACUGUCGCCUGGGAUGCAAAGGGCUGGGAAGUCAAUGCGGCGUUUUUGAAGAAAUGGGGAGGCUUGAUUGAAGAUUGUCCUGAGAUCAUGGAAUCGACGAAUUAUUGGCGGACAAAGAGGGGACAGCCCGCGCUGACGUUUGAUGUUGAUCCCAGGACGGGUCCAUGA